UCGUCUGUUCUAAAGGGGCAGCAAAUCCUCUCGGUGACCCAGCAACAUGGACACAAGCUGAUGCUCCAAUGGCCCAACUUGCCCUCAGCUGGCAUCGCAGGCCACACGGGGACAUGUGUCCAGGCGUCCCAGCCAAACCGGGAGUCGUGGUUGGGAGUGUUUUAUUCCUGGUACUGAGCAGUAAUCCUGUAUGGGGUAAUUAUACCUUAAAGAUAAAUGAGACUAGUUCCAACAGCACUACGGGGCCGAACAUUGCAGCCAUCGUGGCCCCGACGGUCACCCUGGGCGUUCUGGCCAUAGUGGUGGCCGUUCUCGGCUGGUUGUUCUGUGUGGUGAAAAAGAAGAGGCAGACUGAAGGGACCUACAGACCCAGCGCCGAGGAACAGUCUGGCGCUCGCAGCGUGGCUGCACCGGACGCUUUGACGCUACCAAAGGAGGAAAGACUCAUCUGAGGGUUGUGCUGAAACAAGACGCAAACACGUAGCUCUCACCUUUGACGUGAAAAGUCGAAGCAAAGUUCUUCAAAAUGCAAGA